AUGGGCAGGGCGAGGGAUAGGGCAAUAAGUUUUAAUCUAACCUUUGAGAUAGCUCUUAAGCCAUUAUUCUUCGGCGUGGCAACAGAUGAAGCAACAGUGACAGAGAAUGAAGAAAAACUUGGCAAAGUUCUUGAUGUGUACGAAUCAAGACUUAAGGAGUCAAAAUAUUUGGGUGGAGAAAGUUUCACACUAGCAGAUUUGCACCAUAUACCUAUUGUUAACUAUUUGAUGGGGACUAAAGUUAAGAGUUUGUUUGAUUGUAGACCUCAUGUUAGCGAUUGGUGUGCUGAUAUCUUGGCAAGGCCAGCUUGGUCUAAGGCACUUGACUACUUGAGUGCAGAAACAGUGAAAUUACCACAUGAAUAUGGCCUAUGUAUCAGCAAUUUAAUUAACAUGGGCUAA